AUGUCACUCAUUGGAUCUGUAUUUGAGCGCAAACGCUCUGGUUCUGUCAAGCCAAAUGCACCGUCAGUAGCUGGGAGAAAGACCGGGUUCCCCCCUGUUCAGCAUCGUUCGAAAAGCGCCUUUGCCAGAGGACGAGACGACGCCCGAAAGGGUGAUGCCACGACAAGUAGACAAGUUGCACCACCGCCGGUAAUACAGAGGAAUGCAGAUGCAGAGGACUGGCGAGAGCAGAUCAGCAGAGAGAACGAGACCCGAGUUGAGAAUAUGUCCGAGUCUGAGCGACAAGAGGAGAUCAACGAGAUCAUGCAGAGAUUUGGAAGUGGUGUCGGUGAUAUCCUGAGGAAGGCCAAAGAAGCUCGUCAGAAAAAUACAAAAGACGAGUUAGAUCCAGUCCCUUUAACGUCUCCAACAUUGGAAGAACGAAAGUCUCCGCUGAAAAGAGUUGGCUCUCCGCCUCCUGCUCUAUCUACCAGUUCAACUCGCCCAAGUAGUCGUGCUGAGAACCGAAAGCUUCGCUUUGCUGAACUGACUCCAGACGAUGUCCAUGUUUACGAGUCUGCACCCCCAUCUCCUCGAAAGAAAGGUCCACUUCUACUCCUCCCCCCUCCAGACUCGUCCGAAAGCACAGAAGACAAACCAAUAUCACUCGGGACAUGGACUCAAUCACAGAUCAAGAAAUCAAAUAACGAGCCAGAAGAAGGCACGCCAGAAUACAUUCGACGGCGUUACUUUCCUCAAGUGCCACCUAAUGAUCCGUCACUAGCGUGGAUUGAAGAAGACCCCUCUUCCACCUCAACGCUGUCGCUUCGCUUCGAUCUCACUGGCACACCUAUUCCCGCUUCACAAUCUUCAUUGUUGCCGACCCAUCUAGGACUCCAUCACCAUGCCGAGGGAUCUCGAGCUGGAUACACUCUUGACGAUAUCUUUCUCCUAACGCGGAGCACUGUCCCUGCUCAACGGACAGUGAUGCUGGGCGUGCUCGCUGGCAUUGCUCGAUGGCUUGUCCGUCUCCUGAGGGACCAGUCAGCGUCCAAUGGGCUCGAUGUCACUGAUAUUCGUGGCAAGGAAGAGGAACUGAGGAGACGGAUCCUUGCGGCAGGUAUCAAUGCACUAAACGAACGUGGUAGCCCUGCCGCACGAGCCGUCGACGUAAUAUGGGAGUGUCUGGUCGGCUGGGAGGCAAACCAUACAGACAACCGUGUUGUUGAAUGGGAACGUCGUCGAUCGUCACGACUUCCCUCAAGCGAGGCUACCAAAUCAGUGAUUUCGACUCUGUCUCUUGACUUCCUGUUGCCGAAGAUAUCGGAAAUCUUUGCGUUAGGCGCUCUUCCACAAGAAUCUCUAAUACAACUCCUAGGAAUCGUUCAUCGUUUAGGGAAGGAGAAUAAUUCCAUCGCAGAUUCUAUAGUCACUACGCCGAAGCUACUUGCUAAUGUCGUACAAAAAUUCCUCCUUUCUCCAUCUCCAACAUCCACAAACGAUACCGCUUCUGACGAAGAUAGUGGGCCUCAGCCUCUCGCCUUGGAGCUUCUCAUUACCCUUGCUUCUGCAUCACGAACGAGUGCAACCUCCAUCACUGAACUUGCUGACACGCUCCUACGAUUUAUCACGACACUCCCUUCAGCCUCUCCCUUCGGUUCUCAAUUAGCCACGAGCCUUCUCUCCCUCACCAUCCGCCUGUAUAAAACCCUAGCUUCUUACGGUUUAUACGCGAGCAUUGCCACGACAGCUUACUCGCACUUUAAUCUCCUACAGAGAUACAUUUUGUCAUGCUCUGCAAAUCAACCAGCCCAAAAGGAUCGAUUGAGUCUGUGCAGAGAUUACUUAAUGUUACUCGAAGGGUGGAUAGUUUGUGCCACGGACCCGCACCGGACAACACCUGCGCAUGAGAUUCUGUGGAGUCAGGUUGUUGGGUGGGGUUGGAAGGACGAUAUCCUAGAGUUCAGGGACAUCCUAGAAGCCGGGGAAGAAGAGUUUAGCGCAUGGGCGGCAUUGUGGAACGCACAAGCAGCUUGGGUUGAGGGAUCGAAGGUCAAUGCUGUUCGUGGGGGUACUGCAGAACGGGAAGAUGCGAUCGCGGCUCUGAAGGAUGGGUUUAGCCAGGAGCUGGGAAAAGAGCGUCUUGUUAUCUCGUUGGCUGCGAAUAGAAUGCGUGUCGCUCUGGCCGAAUCCCCUGAGCCGAAUGUCGUGUGGCUCGAGGAAAUCUCGAAUGCCUCGCUGGCGCUCUCAGCUGCACUGCGAUUAUGGGUAGCUUGCGCCCCCCCUCUAUCCGAAGGCCCCAUGGAAGAGCCUCAUCUAAUACUCCCAUUCUCCCUGAUUUCGGAUGUAUCUGCCAACUUGGUAAACCACGUACUAUGGUCUUGGUCAUCGUCCCUCGAUAUCAUCAGCAAGCUCCCGCCCUACUUACUGGUAUAUUUCCGCCCGUUGACGGACUUCCUUCGCACGUAUCUUCAAGUCUCUCGACGCCUUCCCGACGUUACCGAUGACUUGUGGCUCGCCCAAUCCUUCACCAUUCUCGGGAGAAUGAUUCAAGGCGACGAAGAGUAUGCAUUGGAGGUUGUGAAGGACAUUGCGUGUGCCAUCAGCAGAGAUUUCAUGUCUGCCUUCGAUGUCCCGACCGUGAUAUGGGAAAGGGGCGGACUCUCUAUCCUUCAACCGUUCCUUUGCCACAUGGUGCGCCCCAAAGGAGACGUCUACAUUGGCCCCCUUCACCCUUCGAUCCAUUCGAUAUCCGCGUCAACUACACAAAGACUUGCGUCAGCGGCCACUGCCUUUUCGUGUAAAUCAGAAACCACCGGCUUACCUCUCGAUCGUGACUGGGCGAUGUCGCCGUUGGAUCACUUGCUACGUUCUGGGUCUUCUACAGUUUUUCAAAACCUCCCUCCGUCAUGGGAUGCUUCUGAGACAGAAGUUACGAGAUCGACUUUGCUGCUGGCAAUGGCGCAGCAGAAUAUCUUACCCCGGUACAAAUUGGAUUCUUUCACAAUGAGCAGGGAGGAGGCGGUGUUCGGUUGCAUGAAGGUGUUCAUGUUGGAGCAUGGGCAACUGCAUAGCGACUCUUCUGACGAGGUCUUCAGGGAUCGGGAAGUUGGGAAACUGAUGGACAGUUUACUGAAACCAUAUACCUUAUCUGCUUCCAAUGGCCUACGAAAGGAGGGGGUCGAGACCGGCGAUCUUGAGGAGGUCGCAGUACGUUUUCUGGGACCUGGAACACCGUUCUAUCAGUAUUACCAGGACUUCGUCGGUUUAUAUGACGCCAUUUCCUUUUCUCAUCCCACGUUCGCUCGACUUCUCCUCCCACCCACGUCGAUGCGGUACCCCCUCGACUACCGGAAACAUAUAUGGAGCGAUUACUCCCACAUCCUGAAGAACAUCCGCCCUCCAGUCGGGGAUAUCAUCAGUGGCAGCCUUCGUGAAUACUUGUAUCCUGUCGAACGAGACACUCAGUUGAUUACCGCAUACCUUCGAGCGCUGGUGAAGGGGGACCUUGAAAAUGCAUCAUUCCUUAGGAAGGUCGCGGUGCACCAUAUUGCCUGCAAUGUCUGGGACGAUAGUGACGACAACAAGUCUGUGAAGCUAUUGAAGGCGGUGGUCGUUCAGGGUGGGCCUAUGGUCGUGAAGGCUGUCGUGCUGUAUGAUGUAGCAGAAGACGGUUCGACGCGGCCAAUAAGCCAAGAAAUUCGGGAGAAAAGGCUCGCCCGCCUCCAGCUUUUUGGUGAUGGGUCCCUGGUAGAGCGACUGCGACCUCUUUUCGAGUCCUAG